AUGGAUCACUGCCCGCCGGAGGGCGACUGCUUGGUCUGCUUUGAUGAACUGUCUGAGGAGAACUACGCAGAAUACCGCAUGCCGGCGCAGUCAGCAGGGGCGAAUGCGGCAGAAAGCGCUGAAGCAGCUCAAGGGUCUGUGGAGGAGGGAAAAAACACAACUUGGUUUCCAUCAAAGUUCUGCGUCGCUUGCAUCGAAGAGCUACAGGCGUCGCAGUUCAAGAGGUACUGCGACAGCGUAGCGAACACCACAUGCGCGCGAGAGCAGCGCAGCUUGCUGGAGCGCGGGCCGCCGGUCAACCUCCGCGACCGGUUGGCGUUUCCCGAGUCCGACGACCAAGAAAUCGCGGCGCUCUGGUACGCCAAGGACAAGGCCGAGCACAGCGCAAAACUCAAAGACAGCCUUGAGGGCGCCGCGCGAGAUGCGCUUUGGAACAAGCUGAAGCAGUUUGUCAUUGUGGACGAAGAACCUGAGCCGUCGGAAGAAGCCGCGACUAAAACAGCCUGA